GUAAAUAUGAUCAAAGAGGAUGGUCAGGUGAUUCAUUUCAAUUAUCCAAAAGUCCAAGCCUCACUGGCUGCUAGCACAUUUGCAAUUACCGGCCAUCUGGACACUGUAAGCUUGAAUAGUUUGAAGAAACUAGCAUCAACUGUUGCUUUAGUAGCAGAUUUAAACAAACAAGCUUGUUCAGAAAAUGUUGAUGAGGCAUCUAAACAUGAGGAUGUCUAG